AUGAAUAGCGCCUCGGCGUUCCAAGAUUUGGACUCGCAGGAUACUGUGGCAUCUGAUCAAGCUCUUUACAACAUUAAUGGAGUCAUCCUAAGACCGCAUAAGCCGCUAAGCCAGAAAUUAGAUAUGCGGGAUGUAGCACUAUCGAUCAAUAAUGGCCAGUUCAAGGGAUUCGUGCGAUUGGACGGACGCUUCACAAUAAGUAGUGUGCCGAACGGAAGUCACAUUCUGGAGGUGCACCAUCCGGACUUUUACUUCGAGCCCGUGAAGGUGGAGAUCAACGGAAAGGGAAAAUACCGCGCUCGCAAGGUCAGCUACACCCAGCCAUCAGUGAUCAACCAGGUGCCAUAUCCACUGCGCCUGCAGCCACUUUUUCGGCGAAACUAUUUUCGUCUUCGGGAGCAAUGGCGCCUAAUGGAUAUCCUUCUGAAUCCUUUGGUUCUUUCUAUGCUGGUGCCGAUGCUUUUCAUGUUGAUUCUACCGAAGAUAAUCAGUGAUCCAGAGGCCAAGAAGGAGUUGGACAACAUGCCGUUCCCGAAAAUAAAGGACAUACCGGACUUUGGCGACAUGCUCUCCUCAUAUCUUUCGGGCACCGCUAAGCCAGGACAAAGGGAAAUCGCUGAGAGACCCCGAAAGAAAGCACAAUAA